AUGUAUUAUUACACCCGAGUUAUAGCAAAAAAUGCGGAUAUUGAGGACAAAGAAAAAGGGCAGGUCACUUUUACUCAUUUUUUAUUCGCCGACUUCACCACCAACGCGCAAACAAAGAAAUCAGCUGAAAUAUAUGCCAAGGCCAACGAUGCCUUCUUUGAUGAUGACUACGAUGAAGCAUUGAUUUUGUUUAGUCAAUUGGUUGAUUUAGAGCCUGAAAAUGCUGAAUUCAUAUUAAAACGUUGUUCUGUUUAUCAAAAAGUAAACAAGCUAGGCUUGGCUCUCAAAGAUGCUGAAAAGGCCCUCGAUACUUUAAAGCAUGGCUCACGUAGUCUUAUGGCUAGAGCUCAUUUGCAAAAAGGUAUUAUCUUGCAUCGCCUUGAACGAUAUAAAGAAGCUGAGGAACACUUGAACCAAUCAAAAGAAUUGAAUCCAAAUGAAAAGACACUUACUACUUGGUUACGAAAGAAUGCAGAUAAACUAAAGGAGGUCAAUCAAUCAUCUUCCAACGCUACUAUUAAUACAAUUGCUCCUGUACCAGUGGAAUCUACAAAUAAGCCUUUGAAUACAACAGCAAGACAUGAAUGGUUUCAAAAUGACAACUUUGUUACUAUUGAAGUAUUUAUCAAAAAAGUUAUGGCACAAGAUGUGUCUGUUGGACUCUACGAAGACUCUCUUUCUUUGGCUGCAAAGUUGCCCAGUGGAUCGACAUAUUCAAUUGAACUUGAUCCACUUGCACACAAAAUUAUACCAGAAGAAUCCGCGUACAAGGUUCUUUCUACAAAGAUCGAAGUCAAAUUGAAAAAGAAAGUUCCAGGUAUCAUGUGGGGUGCAUUAGAAGGUGAAAAUGAUUUAGGAACGCCUGCAUCUGCUGUUACCAACAACAAAAAACAGACAAAAGACUGGAAUAAGUUAAUAAAAGAAGUGGAUGAUGAAAAACUGGAAGGAGAAGCUGCUGUCAAUGCAUUAUUUCAACAAAUAUACCGUGACGCGGAUCCAGACGCCAGACGAGCCAUGAUGAAGAGUUUUAUUGAAAGUAAUGGUACCUGUCUCUCUACUAACUGGUCAGAGGUUGGAUCUAAAAAGGUUGAAACAAAGCCCCCUGAGGGUACGAUGGUAAAGAAGUUUGAUGAGUAA